CUCUCUCUCGUGCUCUCUGGACUCUUGUUAGAUUCGUGGGAUUGUCUCUGGGCGCUCAGUUCCGAGUUCUUGAUUCGAUUCUGCCGCAUCUCCAGGUUUAUGCAGGUAACCGCUGUUUAGUUGUUAUACCAACCUUUGCAACUGAAGCAAAUGUUUAGUUCAAAGAGAUCUCCUGUGAAGGUUGCCAAGCAUAACUCUGCUGAAUCUGGGUAUGCGGAUUCUUCUAGAUCCAACCCAUUUGAUUCAGACGAUGAGUUUGAUAAAAAGAAGAUGCAAAACUCCUCUAAAAGGACAGCUUCUGAGCCUGACCUGACUCAGAAUCCUCGCAAUAGUCUCUUUAAUGAUUAUGAGGAGAAAGGGGCCUCUUCUUCGUCAUAUUCAAAGUCACUCAACUCUGCCGCCAGAAAUAAGUACAGAAAUGAUUUCUGUGACUCGGGGGGAUUGGAGAACCAAUCUGUACAAGAAUUGGAGGACUAUGCAGUUUACAAGGCUGAGGAGACCACGAAGAGUGUCAAUAAUUGCUUGAAAAUAGCAGAGGACAUAAGAGAGGACGCAACAAAGACUUUAGUCACCUUGCAUCAGCAGGGUGAGCAAAUCACCCGAACACACAUGGCUGCUGCCGAUAUUGACCAUGAUCUUAGCCGGGGAGAGAAGCUUCUGGGAAAUCUUGGCGGCAUGUUCUCAAAAACAUGGAAGCCAAAGAAGACCCGUCCAAUAUCAGGCCCUGUAAUCAUGAGAGAGGAUGUGCAGAGGAAAGGCAGCCACCAGGAGCAGAGGGAGAAGCUGGGUUUGACUAAUGCACCCAACCGUCAAUCUAACUCACGGACGCCACCUCCUGAGCCAACAGAUGCAUUACAGAAAGUUGAGGUUGAAAAAGCGAAACAGGAUGAUGCUCUUUCAGACUUAAGUGAUCUUUUGGGUGAGCUCAAGGAUAUGGCUGUUGACAUGGGCUCCGAAAUUGAGAGGCAAAACAAAUCUCUGGAUCAUUUUGAAAAUGAUGCAGAUGAGCUUGAUUACCGUGUUAAACAAGCUACUCAGCGUGGUCGCCGCCUGCUUGGGAAGUAGAAUUGGAGCUUUCUUUGUUCGCUUCUUUCAUUAACCCACUUCCGACCCAUUUUCUUCAAUUGUUGUUGCCAAACAUUUAUCUAGUGUGAUGUAUACGAAUAUGCCCGGAUCUUAUUGCUUUUAUUCCCUAUGCACAGUUAAAUCGAAGGCCAAUUGUCCGUUCAGUCUACAUUUACUCCAGAGCAUUGUA